AUGAUGAAGUUGGACGGCUUCCACUCUGAGGUUUUCAGCGCGAACUGGGCGGACUACCUCUACCUGGUCUACAACGUGCCCUUCUGGGAGGCCGAGGCGGAGAGGCUGACGAGCUGCGUGCAGCCGUACCUCCACGAGGCGGCCGUGGGGGCGAAGUUCAAGGAGGUCCAAGAAAUGAUGGACGUCCUGUACGCUUGCGAGGACGUGCGUGACCACAUCAACGAGCUGUGUGAGAUGGGCACCCGUGCUUCUGGCUUCAUGGGCACGGGCUGGCAGGCCGAGGAGAAGGUCGAGAACAUGGACGAGAACGCCAAGCACUGCGCGGCAGCGUACGACAAGCUGCUGGAGAAGCACCCCACCUUCAAGCCGAAGAUCGAGCAAACCCUCGGCCACGGCCUCGCCAUCCUCCGCUCCAAGCACAAGUUCAAGUGGGGCAGCAUGCACCGCUACUUCUUCUGA